AGCAGUCGACGAUUGUCAAGUGGUGAGGUUGAUUGUAAUCAUUCGUGUGGCUCAUAAACCAUCACAAGACGGGUCGAAUCGUCGAGGAGACGAACAUUACCGAAGGAAAUGUCCCGCGUGCAAUGAUCGCAUCGCGACACGCGUACGGAUCGAGUUGAGCUUGAGCGAGGUUAAGUGCAUCGCUCCUGUAGCAGGGAAAAGCGAAUUCAGCGGACGGUGUAAAACGUAUUAACGCCAUGCAUUGGGCUAGGGUAACGAUUGCAACUGCAGGCACGGCCGCUCAUCGAAAUUUAAUGGGCGCAGCCGUAACACAUAACGUUCUUCGGCCCUUAUUAUUGCUGUUGACUUUGUCCAGCUUCGUGAGUCUGGUUACCAGUGAAGAAAAUGGUCAUUGCAUAUGGUAUGGAGAGUGUUACACAGAUGCAUCUAUGCACAUAAAAAAUUGUAUUUAUGAUGGGCCAGCAAAACCAUUAAAUUCUGAAGGACAGAAAUUGUUGGCUAAGCAUUGUCCACAUUUGUUAGUAGAUGAGGGCAAAGGAAUUAAUACUUGUUGUGAUACAAAGCAACUUACUACAUUAGACUCAAAUAUCCAGCUUGCGUCAAAUUUUCUAAAACGAUGCCCUAGUUGCUUAGAUAAUUUAGCAAAGCAUUUUUGUGACUUCACAUGUGGUAUUAACCAAAGCAAAUUUAUCAAUGUUACGGAGAAAGGCGUGGCAAAUGAUGUAGAAUAUGUUAAUAGAAUAAAUGUAUAUAUAACGAACAAAUAUCUUGAUGGAACAUUUAACUCGUGCAAUAAGGUGUCAGUGCCGAGUACGGGACAGUUAGCAUUGGAUUUAAUGUGUGGAGAAUGGGGAGCGAGUAGAUGUACUCCAUUGAAAUGGUUUCACUUUAUGGGUGAUGCAGAGAAUAAUGUUUUUGUACCUUUCCAAAUUACAUAUAUAAAUACUGAUAAUCCUGUCGGAUCAUUUACGCCAUUAGAUCCUCCAGUCACACCAUGCAACAAGGCAUUAAACAAAAACACGCCAGCUUGCAGCUGUGUGGAUUGUGAACAAAGUUGUCCAAUACCACCGCCGAUGCCUCCAUUACCAACGCCAUUUUCAAUAUUUGGUUAUGAUGGUUACGAAGUUAUAAUGACAAUUAUUUUUGUAUGUGGUUCCUGCCUUUUCCUUCUGUUAAUGAUGUGUUUCAGCCAUAGGAAACGUAUAGUUGCACGAGGAGAGGAGGUAGGAAGACAGGUGGGUAGACGGCUAGCUGCCGGAUUACACCCAGGAGAUGGUGCUCGUAUUGCCCUCGCCGCUGACCAAGAAGACAGUCCACUUCAGUCUAAGCGUUCUAGUGUUAUAUCUUCCGAUGAGUUACCAGCUGGCUUUGAUCAAGAACAGUCCACCUUCAUUGAAAAACUUGGAGCAGGUACUGACAAAUUUUUGCAAGAAUUUUUCUGCAAAUGGGGAACAGUUUGCGCUUCUCGACCUUGGUUAAUACUUUUCCUUGGCUUCCUAUUGAUUGUUGGCUUGGGACAUGGAAUAAAAUACAUGAAAGUUACUACAGAUCCUGUGGAAUUGUGGGCAUCUCCGCAUUCUCGAUCGCGCAUUGAAAGGGAAUAUUUUGAUAAACACUUCGAACCCUUUUAUCGAAAUGAACAAAUUAUUAUCACUUCUGUUGGCUUACCGAAUAUUGUACACAAUACAUCCAACGGACCAAUUGUAUUUGGUCCCGUGUUUAAUGAUACUUUUCUAAAAACAGUCUUUGAAUUGCAAGAAGGUAUUAAAAGUAUAGUUACUCCUAACAAUUACACGUUAGCGGACAUAUGUUUCGCUCCUUUAACUGGACCAUUUACCGGCCCAACAACUGUCUCGCAUUGUACUAUUCAAAGUAUUUGGGGUUACUGGCAAGACGAUUUAAAAAAGUUUGAAAACUCAGAAGAAGAAGGAAAUUAUACAGUGAACUAUUUGGAUCAUUUUAGAGUAUGUUCACAAAAUGCAUAUAAUCCCGAAUGUCUCGCACUUUAUGGCGGCCCGGUUGAGCCAGCAAUUGCAGUGGGUGGAUUUUUGUCUCCGGGACAAGAUCUUCAUAACCCGUCAUAUGAAAAGGCAACCGCUAUAAUCCUUACUCUUCUUGUGAACAAUUAUCACAACAAAGCCAGAUUAUUACCCGCUAUGGAAUGGGAAGAAAGCUUUAUUAACUUCAUGAAAAAUUGGACGGCAACAAGAAAACCGGCAUUUAUGGACAUAGCGUUCACGUCCGAGCGUUCUAUCGAAGAUGAACUGAAUCGUGAAUCUCAAUCAGAUAUUGUGACUAUUCUAGUAUCAUACAUUAUUAUGUUUGGAUAUAUUGCAGUGUCUCUUGGCCAAAUUAGAUCAUGUGCUCGUCUUUUGAACGAUUCUAAGAUUACUCUUGGACUUGGAGGUGUACUCAUAGUGCUAGCAUCUGUAAUUUGUUCAGUUGGAUUGUUUGGCUUUAUUGGUAUACCAGCUACACUGAUCAUUAUCGAGGUUAUUCCAUUCUUGGUAUUAGCAGUCGGAGUAGAUAAUAUUUUUAUUCUCGUUCAAACUCAUCAAAGGGAAGGUAGACGUCCAAAUGAAUCAAUCCCGGAACACAUUGGUCGUACGUUGGGUCAAGUUGGCCCUAGUAUGUUACUUACAAGUGUAUCGGAAAGCUGUUGCUUUUUCCUUGGUGGUCUUUCUGAUAUGCCUGCUGUGAAAGCAUUUGCUCUUUAUGCUGGAAUGGCAUUAUUAGUGGACUUCAUAUUACAAAUUACAUGUUUUGUCAGUCUUUUAGCGCUUGAUACGAUUCGGCACGCAAAUAACAGGUUAGAUGUAUGCUGCUUUAUUCGCUCUAAGCGUGAUGAUGGAGAAGAAGUAGUAGAUGGAAUGUUGUAUAAAAUUUUCAAAGUCGCAUACGUUCCGCUGUUAUUGCAAAAAUGGGUUCGCGCGAUCGUAAUGAUUGUGUUUUUCGGUUGGCUCUGUAGCAGUAUUGCUGUAAUACCACAUAUUGAAAUCGGCCUUGAUCAAGAACUUUCUAUGCCCGAAGAUAGUUUUGUCCUUAAAUAUUUCAAAUUUUUAAAUAAUUACUUAUCUAUUGGACCGCCAAUGUAUUUCGUCGUCAAAGAUGGCCUAAAUUAUUCAAAUACGAAAAUGCAAAACUUAGUGUGUGGUGGUCAAUAUUGUAAUAGUGAUUCAGUAUUGACACAAAUAUUUACAGCAUCUAAACAACCAAAUAGAACUUAUAUAGCCAAGCCUGCUUCGUCUUGGAUGGAUGAUUAUAUCGAUUGGUCGGGAUUAUCCAGUUGUUGUAAAUAUUUUCCUACGAACAAUUCAUUCUGUCCACAUACUGGUCGACAAUGUUUUACUUGCAAUAUUACUUUGAAUGAAUACAACAGACCAGUGCCCGUUGACUUUAAUAAAUAUGUAUCAUUCUUUCUGCAAGACAAUCCCGACGAAACAUGUGCUAAAGGAGGUCACGCAGCUUAUGGACAUGGUGUGAAUUAUAUUACUGAUCCUAAAACAGAAAUGUCAACAGUCGGCGCUUCAUAUUUUAUGGCUUAUCACACUAUCCUCAAGACUUCAGCCGAUUAUUUUGAAUCGAUGAGAGCAGCCAGGGUAGUAGCGGCGAACAUAACCAAUAUGCUUAGCUAUAACUUGAAAAGGCAUAAUGAAAACACUACUGUAGAAGUUUUUCCCUACAGUGUUUUCUACGUAUUUUAUGAGCAGUAUCUAACUAUGUGGCCUGACACAUUGCAGAGUAUAGGAAUCUCAUUGCUAGCUAUAUUUGUGGUUACUUUCUUAUUAAUGGGUUUAGAUAUCUUCUCAUCACUCGUGGUUCUAAUUACAAUCACAAUGAUUGUCAUUAAUAUUGGUGGUCUGAUGUAUUGGUGGCACAUAACUUUGAAUGCCGUGUCUCUAGUAAAUCUUGUUAUGGCAGUUGGUAUAGCUGUCGAGUUUUGCAGUCAUCUAGUACAUUCCUUCUCCGUGUCAGUUCAAGCAACUAGAGUUGAAAGAGUCGCAGAUGCAUUGACAAAUAUGGGGAGUUCAGUAUUCAGUGGUAUCACGCUAACAAAGUUUGGUGGCAUUAUAGUAUUGGGCUUUGCAAAGAGUCAAAUUUUCCAGGUAUUUUACUUCAGAAUGUAUUUGGGUAUUGUACUAUUUGGAGCAGCACACGGUCUCAUCUUUUUACCAGUACUGCUAAGUUAUAUAGGCGUGAUGUCGCGCCGAAGGCGUGGAAGAGCCCACGAAUUCGCGAGCGGAAGCGAAAUUAGGCGUCACAAACGUGACAAGCCGGAUUCUCCUCUACUCCAAAACGACAACCAACAAUGCGCGUCCACUUCCUACGCCAGUGUGAACUCCAUUGAUGUGACUGAUCACCAUGUAACAUUCUAACGAAGAAUUUAUCAUUGCCGAUUUAAUCGAAUGCAAUUUUUGUACUUAGAAGGACUGAAAUUAAUCUACUAAAUAAGUUAUCAAUAAAAUCUGUUAUCUUGAGCGGAAAGAGAUUCACAAAUCAUCUCUCUUCUUCGAAAUACAGAAAAUUUAAUAUGAAUUAUUUCUACAAAUUCUUCGAGACUGGUGAACAUGUCCAUCUACGUUCAUAUCUGGCAUUAUAUUUUAGCGGUAAAUAAAUUUGUAUAAUUCUAGGUCUUCGUCAUUUUUAAUAUAUUUAUUUCAAGAAAGGUUUUCUUUUUUUUUUUUUAACUUAAUAUUAGAUUCUCUCACAGACUGUAUUCGAAAUUAAAUUAUAUUUCGCAAUCGCGAACGCUUAAUCACACGCGCGAUCGAUUUUAUGUAGAAUAUAAUUGAUCUAGAACGAAGAAUUUUUGUUUUUCUUACUACUUAUUAAGCAAAUUUGUCGAUAAUAGUAUAAAAAAACGUGACGGAUAUAUAAAAUGCAUUUUCCUAUUUUUAAUGCAUUUCGCAAUUGUGACAUGAAUCCUUUUUCUGAUAUCGAUAUUCAGUUAUCACUUAUGUAGAUAUAAUAUAAAGAAUUCGUUCACAUGAUAUGAGUUUUUGACUAUACCGAUAAUUUCACUGAAUCGGUGCAAAUCAAUCUAAAUCUGAACGAUUUGUUUUACCGAAUCCCGUAUAUGGUUUGUAGUGACAAAACCGAGUGUUCGACUCGGUAAUAUUCUCGCAUACGAUAAUUGUAUCGUGUAAACGCUCCUAUAUAAAAAAUGUAUUGCCACUGUAGACAAAAAACUGAUCCGGCAGAACGACCGAUUCAGCAAAUAACCGUAUUGUGUGAAUAAGUAAGCUCUAAAGGUAUUGACAGUUGAGAAAUAAAUCUAAAUCUAAGAAGUUGGUAUUUCUAAAAAAUGGUUUAUUUUAGCAAUAAUAUCAAAAAUACUGAACUCCAGGAUUUAUAGUUAGAAUUAUAAUAAACUCUUUGUUAGCACACAGUGAGUGAAUUCGCAUCAGCAUGUUUUAUAGCUAUACACAUAUAAUUAGUUUUGAAACGAAUUCUAUAGUUUAAAUUGAAAUAAGAAUGAUUGGACAUUAAAGAUGGCUCGAAGUUUGUUUGAUGGCGCCGAAAUAUUUAUUAAUUUUAUUAUACAUUACUAAAUAACCCUCUUAUAACACAGUACUCUGAAAACACAGUUUCGAUAUAUGGUGCAAAAAUUGCCACAAUCCUAUAACACGAUAUUCUUGUAACACAAUUUCCAUAUAGCUUAAUAAACUUGGAUAACUCUUAUAUUUGGCACAAAAUAUGUUUUCAUCACACUGUUUUUAUUGACAUAAAGGAAAUUUCCCUUAUACGACAUUACAAGAACACGAUUUCGACACGGAACGAAAUUAACCGUCGAUUACAAGUAUAUAAAGACUCUUAUUAUCAAAUAAAAAUAAAUCUAAGUAA